AGAACCUUCAGUGUCUGAAGCUGACCAGCGAGAGAGAGACGUGGAGAGAGAGCGACGGGUGGGGGGGCUCUUAUCUCAGGCCUGCAGGCACUUUUUUUUACUCUUAUCAACAUCACCAUAUUGUACAAGUACAUCCUCCUGUCCAGCAGAGAGAGGAAAUCUCUCUCUCUCUCUGUCUCUCUCUCUCUCUCUCUCUCUCUCUCUCUCUCUCUCUCUCUCUCUCUCUCUCUCUCUCUCUGUCUCUAACUCUCUCUCUCUCUCUCUUGCACACGCUCUCGUCCAAUACUAGUUCAGCUCAACUGGUGUCCCACUAGAGCACCAUGUCUGUUGGUGAUGGGAGGGGGUACGGGCGCAUGGGCACAUGUGCAUCACUUUUACAUCAGUGCAUGUUCCAGUCGUCUGUCAUUCCUGCAGUGAGGUCAUCGCUCUGUGUCGCAGCCGCAUCUCUAAACUUCACUCAAUGCUGGAGAAACUGGUGGAGAACAGCGCUCAGGAACGGGAAGGAAGUGCAAGGAGAACGAGUGUGUGAUCGCUUUGCAGACGGCGUGAACACCGAGACGCGUUGACUACAGAGAAAGUGACCACAAACACGGUCCAAACAGAAGCGACUCUGCAGACCUCUACAUGAGGAGCAAUGAAAAGAAUCUGAGAUCAUCAGGAGAACUCAACAGUCUCGGGUCAUGAUGGAGAAAAACGAGUCACCCGUCUCACCCUCCUCAGCGUCUCCAUCUGUCCUCCAGCAUGUCAGUCCUGCUCACACGGGCUCCCCUGAUGCUAAUGUGACUCGUGAUGCAGAGAGCCAUACGGACACAAUUGCCGGCGCAACUGAACCCGAGGCUACUGGAGUUGAGACGGAUCCGACGACACCUCCCCGGCGAAGCCCCCCAGCCACAUCUACAGUCUCCAGCGGCGAGCGCGUGUCCUCAUCCUCCUCGACAUCCAUCCCUCCCAACAUCCCGGUCAUCAGCCUGGCUCACAGCAAACCCCCCUUGCCCCCUCUCCCCAUGCUGGCAGCCCCGCUGACAGCCCUGCACCCCGCACCAACCCUCCCGCACGGCCCUGCAGAGCUGCGGCUGGCCCAACUGUCCUCGCUGUCCGGCGCUGGACCCCCCACUGCCCUCCUGCCUCCACCCUUCCUGCAGACGCACCCCUUCAUCAGCAGCUCUUUCCUCGGACCAUCUGGAAGCUUUGGGAUCUUCAGUAAUGCUCGUGUGAAGAGACGCCCGUCCGCACACUUCGAACUGGAUCUCAAUGACGGUCCUCCUCAGAAGUUGGCUCGGCGCGUCUUCACUAACAGCCGCGAGCGCUGGCGGCAGCAGAACGUAAACGGCGCUUUCUCUGAGCUCCGUAAACUCAUCCCGACCCACCCGCCCGACAAGAAGCUCAGCAAGAACGAGAUACUACGACUCGCCAUGAAGUACAUCAACUUCCUCGUCCAGCUGCUGAAUGACCAGACGAGCGAUCAGGCGUGUAAAAGCACAACGGACGGUGUGCCAGAGGCUCAGGAUGGGAGGAAGGAUGAAAGCGAGGAUUUGGGAAACGGCAGCUCCCCGUCUUGCAAAAACAGAGACUCCAUGGACUCCAUGAUGGUGCUGACGGCGUCGUCUGGAUCCAGCUGCUACGGCGACACGGACAGUGAGGAGAGCUCAGGUCCUCGAACCUGCGGCAUUGAGACGAAACAUAGCGGGAUCACAGAGAAGGUUCAGGAACAGAUACUAGCGGUCACAGAAAGCAGUUACCAGCGGUGACCAAUACCGACCAACCACAAACUAACACACUGGAGACGAUGGGAUGGGUGUUCAACCCUCAAUGCGUAUAAACUCUUGACGAAAACAUUGACCUUUUGUGUGGAAUGACAGCGAAUUUACUUAAAUUCAUUGUUAACUUCAUGGCUUGUGUUCCUGGUCCAUGUUUCAUGUGUUGAAUCGUGUCACAUAAUGCUUCACGUCUGUCACUUCUCCAUUUAAUUUCCUCUCACUGAUAUUUCGAGGAGUUGUAACACACAGCCGCUCAGACAGGGAAUAAAUAGUCUGUGGGUUCCUUGUGUCAGACGGCAACAUGCGAUCACGGGUACAAACUUCACACUUACCACAGUCUCAAGCACUCUGACUGGAUUAUUUAAUAAUGUGUUGAUCUUUUGACUCUUUCCUGCUAAAUGGAGACUAACGGAGAGCUGUUUACAGCUGAACAGAAGACCUGAGAGCCCGUAGAAGAGCUAAUGAUGGCAGCUCACUUCCAUGAUCCACAUCACACUCUGAUUUCAGUGUGUUCUAGAUUCUCUUUGUUAGUCCCUUCGUUUGGAUGAUGUGAAGCUUUGUUAUCCUCCUCAGUUUGGAAUUCAACUGAUCUUGGUCUGAAUAAAAUACAGUUUCAGAUUUCUCUCUCUCAUUUUCACUUCCUAAUAAACACAGGAAGUUUUUAGGAAUAGUGUAAGAUAAUGAAGGAUGAGCAUUAUAUGUGUAACUGACCCACAGAGAAUGAUGUGAAAUGUAGUUUUGUGGCACAAGCUUGUAAGCUCAUCAACCGGCUAAAUUAGUGUUACAGCUGUACUACUGGUCUUCAUCAACAGAACACAAACUACACACACACACACUGAACUUUAUUCAGAUUGAAUGCGAUUGGCUGGUUUUACAUCUCUUCAGAGGGUAAAGUACCAUGGCUACCAUAGUAGACACACAGGUGUUUAUCUGUCUGUCUGGAAACAAAAUUGUUUACAAGGUACCGGAGGAUACAGUGAGCACUUUUGGGAAUGAAAUGAUCAUUGGAUCUGACAGUUUUUGAUCAAGUUUUCAAGGUUAGUGACAUCAUUUGAGGCUGCUAUGUCGUCUUUUUUUGUGAGUGUGUGUGUGUGUGUGUGUUUUCAGUUGCAGGUAGCAUGCUAAUUGAUUAGCCUACUUUGCUAGCACACAUCAUCACAGAAAACCUUGGUAUUUCACUCUGUUUUAAAAUGACUGUAAUCAAAUUAUUUGAAAAAGCUCUGUUGUCUGUUUGUUUGUUUGUUUAGGUGUUAUGUUAAUGUCAGUGUAACGUCCAAAACAGUUAUUUUAAAUAUACUAUGUUGUCUUGACUAAAGUUGAA